AGGUGCCAUAAAUAGGGGUUCGUAACAUUCGAUUUGACACAAACCUCGGCGGACGUGUGGGAAACAUGAAGGCGUUCACAGUAUUUGUUCUACUCUGCGUCGUAUCGGGAGCUCACAGCAGUUCCAGAGAUGAAUCCUGCAGUAACCACGACAAGGCUAUGGACGAUGCUCUGAAGACUGUAUGCGCAAAAACUUGCAUGCGUUGGUCAGUUGUAAACUCAUACGAUAUGACCGACGGCAUCGGUCAAGUUCUUAACAGUGCCACCCAUAACAGGUGUGGCUCUUCUGAAGGCAUCGUGACAAUCAAUGAACUACAAAUUGACCCCAGUCCUCUUGUACUUCCGGGUAACAUCAAUCUCGCUUUCAAGGUGAACGUCAAGCGAGAUCUCCAGUCACCCAUAAAGGUUGAGGUGACAGUAUGGAAGAGCAUUCUCAUCUGGAUCCAUGUGAAGGACUUUGCUUUUGAGGACGUGUGUGAGUUCCUAACAGAUGGCAAAUGCCCACAAUCCUUCAUUGAUAACAACAUACCCUGCAGCUGCCCCAUACCCGAGGGAGAGUAUAACUUUCCCAGUUCCAAGUUUCCACUCAAAGCGUCAUCCAUUCCUGGUGGAGAUUACUCUGUCAGGUUUAAUGUCAAUAUGGGCCCGACACUGGUGUUGUGCGAAGACGUGUACUUCACGGUCGCAUAAUUUGUCACCAAUAAAAUGAUGUGAAUAACAAAUUGCAUGUU